CCACAUUUCCCCCACAAUCCAUCACUUCGGUAAACAAAUGUCAAGUAAGCUAGCUACGAUAGAAUAAAGUAACAAUAAUAAACGUGAAUAUUUAUGCAAUGUCUGGACCAAAUGGAGAUCCACACAUAUCAAUUGACGAUGGUAUUAUCGACGACGGAGAAGAUGAAUUUGAGGAAGAAGAGUUUGAAGCCAUCAACUCGGCGCUUGAUCAGAUCAACUCCUAUCUUGAUGAUAUAGAAGAUCGUAAUGAUUCACUGAAUGGCAAACUGCACGAACUAUUGGAGUCAAACCGGGAGGCCCGACAGGAGUUCAAGGCCCAACAGCUGCAGACCCCGGAGGAGCAGCUUUGUCCUGCAGAGGGGGACGAGUCCUCCAGCAAGGAAGACUUGGACAAGGAGGAUUGAAAAUGUAUGAUGAGGAGGGCUAAGCUCAGCCAAAUACAGGGAUGUAAAUAUUUAUGAAAGCAUCUUACUUCUGUCUUAUCGACUACCUGGAUCUGAUCUCUUCAGCAGAUGUCCAUAUUGUUUUCCUCCUUUAUUGAACUGUGGUGUUUGCUUCCACAACUGAUCUUAGAGUGACCUCUAGCAGCUUCUUAUACAAGUUGUAAACUGCAGUGACCUGGGAAUAUAACUGUAAAAUCUCCUGCGUUGAUGUUUAAAAAGCUAAUCAGGCCUAAGUGGGACAUAUUGAGAACAAUUCUAAAGCCAGGAUGACAUAAGAACUUUAUUAAAAAGCUGAUUCAUUUUUUAUUUUAACAAUACAACACGCUGAUCUAUACAAUGACUUGCUCAAUGUUUCAGGAUUUGUCCACGUGAAGUGUUGAUCCAGUUGUGUAGUCAGCUUUCUGAAAUGGUAUGUUCCUGUCCCAAAAAGUAAAUAUGCAAAGAUCAAAUGUCUACCAGUUUGAUAUAGAGUUGUAUCUGCAGCAUGACUGUAAAUGUGCUGUCCUGUUUGUGUUAGGAUAAGUCAGCUAACAAGUGUUUGUAUAAGUGAAGUGAUCACAAAAGUUAAAAUAAAGUCGACCAAGUGUGGGAAUUGUCAGACAUUUUAAUAGAAAUUAAAAUGAACCCCCCCAACAGAAAACAAAAAUCCCCAAAUCCAUAACUUCCAGCAGUUAGAAAACAUCCCGUUUAUUCACCUCCAUUUAGUCAGUAGCUGAAUAAAAAUACAAUAAGAAACA